AUGGCGUUUUACAAACCUUCCCUCGCCUCGGUCUUCUUCCUCGCCGGCCUGGCCCUCGCCAAUCCUUCUGCUCCUUCCGGUGGCUUCUCGAUCAUUCAGGUUCAGAAGGGUGUAGCUCCAAAGGUUGGGGCGUUAGACAUGCUGAAGACAUAUAGAAAAUAUGGAGCUCGGGCACCAGAAAAUGUCUUAGCCGCUGCUUCAGACGCUGAAAAUGCUUUCAUGGACUUCGGAUUUGUCCCAGCGACAGCUGAAGGUUCAUCUGAUCCGGUCUUUCUGUCUCCCAUCAAAAUUGGUUCAGAUACACUGAAUGUCGAUAUCGAUACCGGCUCCGCAGACCUUUGGGUUUUCUCUAUCAUGUUACCUCUGAUGAUGAUCAAUGACCAUAACACGUAUAAUCCCUUCACAUCGGGCAUCUACAAAGGAGGUGAAACAUGGAACGUUACCUACGGGGACGCGAGCGGGGCUUCAGGUUUAGUAUUUGCAGACACAGUAGUGGCUGGCGAAGUGACGGCAACAAGCCAGGCCGUGGGAGCUGCCACCAGCCUCUCCAAAGCCUUUGUGCGCGACUCGACGGUUGACGGAGUGAUGGGGCUCGCCUUCAGCAAACUCAGCUCGGUUGUGCCGCAUGCGCAGACGACAUUUUUCGAUACCAUGAAGCACACGCUGCCGCAUCCGCUCUUCACCGCAUGCCUGAGGAAAGGAGCCCCUGGACAAUAUGACUUCGGUUACCUCAACAGCUCUCUCUACACCGGCGACAUCCAUUACGCCCCCAUUGAUCCCGCCACCGGGUUCUGGGGCGUCUCCUCUACCGGUUACAGAGUGGGCUCGGGGCCUGUCGUCUCAAGCCCCUUCAAGGCCAUAGCGGACACGGGCACUAGUCUGCUCUAUCUGCCCUCGCAGAUUGUCAAAGAUUAUUACUCAAAGGUGGACGGGGCGAAGUACUCGCCCAAUGUUGGUGGCUGGACGGUACCAUGCGACGCAACCAUGCCAGCUUUAGCCACCGCAAUCGGAAAUGCUUUGGUGACUGUGCCGGGCGACUAUUUCAUCUACAGCGCUGUCGACGGGACCCGCUGUUUUGGCGGGAUGCAGUCCGAUGAGGGCAUCGGCUUCUCCAUUCUGGGUGGGAUAUUCUUGAAGUCGCAGUUUGUGGUCUUCGACGCCUCCACCGACCCGCCGCAGAUCGGGUUUGCGAGGCAAAUCGGGGUUGACUAUCCCAGCAGCUAGUUGCUCGUCGUUAUCCAGUGCGGUGGCUGUGCUCUGCGCCUGGCUCAAGCAUGUCUAUGGUCUCGUGGAGGC